UGGGUGACGCACAUCUGCCCGAAAGCACAUGCUUGGGGUCUGAAGAAGUACUCAAUUCCUCCCCCAAAAAUGCGUUGCAGGGAUUCGGACCAUUUCGGUAUAUCCGGGUUUGUUUGAUACCUCAUUGUUCAUGUUGACGAUCGUGCACGCGAACGUGGGCUUUCAUUGAUCUCGCCGAUGUAUCGGGAUACGUUGAGUUUGCUGGCACCAAUCCUUGCAAUCCUUGGUGCGUCACAGUACGGGUCGAAUAACAGGCAGAGUUGGCGUUGUGGUGGUGGGGUUUUCUCCGUGAUGGUGGAUAAAUGUCGCACCUUGCUAUUUAUGCAGCUAGUUUCGAGUUUGUUUGUUACAGAGUCCCUUGUGGAAAGCGUCUUGGUUUUUCAUUGUGAUGUUUCUGUGGGAUGUUCUACUUGAAGGUGUCCUAUUGUGGUCGUUUUAUUUAUAACUAGAUAGUGAUGCCAGGAGCGAGCUGCUUGUGUGUUGGUGGCGCAGUGUCAAGCAGCACGGGUUAGAAGCGUUUGGCGGACGCGUUUACUCUCGGCAAUAGAGUGGCACCAUGCGGAUUGAUGCUGCUCGCCAAAUUGGUUCUGACGUCCUCCAUUGUGAUCAGUGCGUCCUCGCGGUGCGGUAGGGCCUGCGAGCUUGCAAUUUAGCAGUGUGAUCUAGUGUUCGUAACUGAUCUUCGGUGUAGGUUAGAGACUGUCUCUAACCGACCGUUACACGUCCGCAGUCCCGGCCAGAGUUCUUGCAUCGGCGCAAAUUUAGCCUUUCGUUGCUGCUUGCAAGUCGGUAACCUGAUGAACUUACAUCUGGACUUAUUCCGACAAGGGGCGCUCAUUCGACAGGAGAUUUUCUCGUGAGUAAGCGGAGAGAGAGCAGGUGUAGCUGGAAAAGGAGAGCAGGGGGCGCCCUUUCGAACUUUGUUUCAAAAUCGUCGCUGGCGCAUGAAUGCAGUAGGUGGUUAGAGUGACGGGAUUGGGUGGUAGGCGAAGACUGAGCAGUGGCUUGUAAUUUGUCAUUAGAUCUGGAUGGGUGGGGACGGGGGAUAUUUUGCAGCUACGGUGCAACGCGGAUUGCGCUCCACACAAGGUGCAACGCGCAAAUGUUGCGCACAGGGAACGCUGGUGCUGGUGGCUCGAGAAUGGCUGUGAAUGUUGACCUUGUGCUACGUAAAUUGGACGAGGAAUGUUGCUUAACAGUGAACAGUGUUUGCUUGUGAAGAUGGACAGUUUGUGCUUGCCUCAUUGGGUACAGAUGUGUGGAGUGGAAGUUGGGGUGUUAUGUCAUGCGAAGCAUGUGUGGUAUAUUCGAGGACCAGAGUUGUUUUCUUUCGGAGUUGUACAAGGCUCUUGUGGAGAAAUGAAUCAUCGCUCAGGAGAUAUGCUCAGGCAGGAAGAGAGACUUAGACUUGUCGAAGAAUUUUGUGCGGACUCCCUUCAGAAGCAUCUGGUUAUUGUUAUCGACUUGAUUUUUCUUUAUCAUAAGGAUGUCGUUGCGAUUAAGGAUCUGAAUGAUAUGUUUUCUAUUUUGAAAACGCUUAUGACUUCUUUACCAGAGUGUGCUACUUUGGAACAUAUAGCCAUUUCGUACGAUGGAAUUAUUUUCCCGGAAUAUACCGGAUGGGUACAAGCAAUAGCGAAUAUGCUGGGAAGAGGACUUGCAUUAAUUUCUAUCGUUAUCACAGCGAAUGUUCAAUGGAUAAAUCGUCUACUGGAGCGAAUAUGUGAGAGCAAGACGCCACAACAGCUUCACCUUCAAGUAAUCGGGGUUGAGAAUAACAUAAAAUAUCUUUUCCCUGCACCAACACCAAAUCCAGAUACAGGUGGAAUCAAAAUGGAAUCAUUGAAAAGACUAUAUAUUCGGGAUUAUUUAUCUUUAACAUGAAACCACGAGGACGACUCUUUCUAUGACGCGUACGGAGAAAUGUUACAAAGAAAUACAACUAUCAACGCAUUAUCCAUUUCCUUCAGUCCAUCAUAUCUACCUAAUUUGAAAGCAUUACAGCACAACAAAUCUAUCACUCAUAAUUCUUUAUGAUAUGCCGCAUUUAAUCAAAAAGCCUUCUGAAGAACUAUGGAUGGAAACGUUCAUAAAAAUAAUUGAUCACAACUACUGGGUGACAAACGUUGUAAUUUUGGAAUUUCAAGGACGAUGGAAGGAAAAGGUGGAAGAAAUAUUAAACAGGAACAGGCGUAUAAUCAAUGCUGGAAACUAUGUUCAACCGUCGUCAUGUAAGCUAUUUCUGUGCGGCGCAGGUAAGAUACUUCACACCUGUUGGACUGGUAGACAAACAGUGUUCGUAAUCUACUUUACAGUUACAAUCAAACACGAAUUAUCAAUUUCAAUUGUGAAAUUUUUGAAUAAUUUAAUACUUCACUCUACAGUUAAAAAUUUCACAUCAUAAAUUUGUGUGUUAAUUUCAUGAAGAAGCAAAGUACAAUACUAGUAAUAAAGAGCAUGUGAAUACAAAUCUGAGUAUGGACGUUUAAUUUGAAUGAAUAGUUGCUACAUAUGACCUUGUAAGCCAACAUCUGUAAAUUAAUAUCGUACAUCAUUUUAGAAUAUUAUUAUUAUUACAAAAUAUCAUCGUCACAAAAUCUUUAAGUAAAUUGUACCUUAAAUGGCAUAACGAAAUAUUUUUUAUCUUAACAUUUCAAGUUGAAUGUUAUUUUAUCAUCAAAUUAUAUUAUAUAUACAUCAAUUUCGAAAUGAUCUUGUCCAUUACAGUUAAACAUGUUGUUAUCAUUGUUAGAGAAAUAAACAAAAUCUUGCUUAAAUUAUGUUACACUUGUUGUUACAUUGAAGUUGAAUAAUGCUUAAUUGAUCAUUUCCAUAUUGUAGAGAAAAUAACUAUUCAAAAAAAAAUGAUGAAAGUCAUUCCUACAAAAGACAAAUUUUUUUACCUCAGAUAUAGUGUGUCCGAAUGAAUAAGUAUUUCUUCAAAAAGAAUUGAAGAAAGAACCAAAAGAUUAGAAAUGGUUUCAAUAAACUUUGGAUCAAUUAACCUCUCAAUUUGGAACAUGGUUGGACAAGAUGAGUGUCAUACCUUUCAUGAUCUUAUUAUCCCCAAUUUUAAUGAUGUGGAAAGUAUAAGAUUCUUUAUUUUGACAUAUUUGCUUACAAUAAGUAAAGGUAAUGAGAAGAGUUGUGAGAAAUUAAGGAAGAGAUUUUAUAUUGGUUGCAAGUUUUAUCAUCUAAUACAAGAACAUUUGGAAAUCAAAAGUUA